GUAGCCGGUGUCGAUUCGUAGCAUAAAACCUACACUACUCAAUCGCACCUAGUACGAUAACGAUGCAAAUUAGCAGUGAUUGUAGUAAGUUGCUGUCGCGAAUAAUAUUCUUCGCUAUUCUCAGAAAAUGAACGAUCCUCCUCCUCGGUCGUUUGUUUAUGUGUGUGCGCGUGUGUUCUACGGGGAAAAGGAGGAAGAGAAGGAAUCAUCUUUUCUGCCAGUCGAUCCCGUAAGAUUCUCGGUCUUCACUAAACGUCAAAUGAAACCAGAGUUAGAAGCUGAGAUUUGGAGUGUUUGUUCAAGUGCACCAUCAGACUUUGUGAGCAGGAACGCUCUUCAAACAAAGUUUUAUUCCACGCGAAACGUGCUAAAAAAUCCGUAAACUCGUCGAUUGAAUCAUAAAGAAUCCCACACAAGACAAGGUUGCUCAUAUUUUUCGAAGUUGUACUUCUCAUGCACCGUGGAAUGAAGGAAGUGGAGGUGGAAGAAUGGUAAAGCUCCAAUCAUCAAUAGCAAGAAGACAAAAGUCCACAACGAUUGGGCAAAGUGCCCUGUUGGAAGUUAUAAUCACGCCCAAUAAUCGGAUAGAGCGAAGUCAAAAGUUACAUCGAGUUUGCAGAUAAGCAGUAGCAGCAGCUAUAAUACACUCAGGCAUAGAGUACCUAAUCAAAGACUUACCCCACUCGUGGGAGGAAGAAAAAUUAGAGCAAAAUGGGAGCCACCGAUAUCCCCGGUAAUGGGAACGAUGGAAUAACCCCUCUAAUGAAAGUGACCAGCGCCCUGUUUUACGGGUGUGCUUCCUUCCUCAUUACCGUGAUCAAUAAAACUGUUCUCACGUCAUACCAAUUUCCAUCGUUCCUGGUACUUAGUCUGGGACAGCUGGCUGCCAGCAUCAUAGUACUGUUCCUGGGAAAACAUUUUAGGAUAGUCAAAUUCCCGGAUUGCUCACGGGACAUACCACGUAGGAUAUUCCCUUUGCCAUUGAUCUACCUGGGGAACAUGAUGUUCGGUUUAGGUGGAACCCAAGCCCUCAGUUUGCCUAUGUUCGCCGCCCUUCGGAGGUUUUCCAUUCUAAUGACCAUGAUACUGGAGCUUCGUAUUCUCGGAAUCCGACCUACGACUACUGUGCAGGUCAGUGUGUACUCUAUGGUGGGAGGAGCUCUGCUAGCCGCCAGCGACGACCUUAGCUUUAAUCUGCACGGUUACCUAUUUGUGAUGAUUACCAACACUCUGACUGCCGCUAAUGGAGUUUACAUGAAAAAGAAACUUGACACCGCAGACAUGGGAAAAUAUGGUUUGAUGUACUACAACUCGCUGUUCAUGUUCCUGCCAGCCUUGAUUGGAACCUGGCUCUGUGGGGAUCUGGAGAAAGCAUGGCAGUUCAAAGACUGGAAUGAUUCUUUAUUCCUAGUGCAGUUCCUACUGUCCUGCGUGAUGGGAUUUAUCUUAUCCUAUAGUACUAUUCUAUGUACACAGUACAACUCAGCACUUACGACGACCAUCGUCGGUUGCUUGAAGAACAUCAGUGUCACCUACAUCGGUAUGUUUAUCGGCGGUGACUACGUCUUCUCUUGGCUAAACAGCAUAGGAAUCAAUAUCAGCGUGGCCGGUUCACUUCUCUACGCUUAUGUUACCUUCCGGAAAAAGGCCCCUGCAGCGGGAUCCGGCAGCCAAUCAUCUGACCGAAAGUCACUACUACCACCACCCGGCCGAAUUGAUAACGUGUGACGGAGUGAAUGGUGUGACUGUUGAAGAUUUCGAAGCUGUCGUGCCGGUGUUAUCCGGCCGGCCAAUGGGAGGAAACCAAAGUGACAAAGCGCGGUUUGAUGUUGUAUCCUGUGUGUAAAGUGUUUUAGUUUACCGUAAAAAGAUUGUAUGUAUUUAAAUUGGUAAUAUAUUUCAGUUACUAAGAAGAUGUAACAAAGAAAUGAAGAAUAUUUAAGUUUCAGUGACAGGUAGUUAAUUUUAAUGAUUGAAGAAAUUAUUGGUAAUAAAAGUGGCUAACAUGCAGAAAGGCCGACGUGCGGCAAUAGUGAAAUGAAUGAACC